AUGCGUUUCUUGAUCGAUCCCGGUUUGUGGAUUGAUAUAUGUGAUUAUAUGAUCAUGAUGAUAUUUGUGUAUAUUGCAUGCAUGGGUCGUUUUGGUGGUGAGUCGAGCAGAUUUUUUACAAAAGAAGAGAAUAUAAAAGGAUCUUUAGAAUACCGUGCUCAAGGGGCUAGGGUUAGAGAGAUAUUGGGGAGUGCAGGAAUGUCUUAAGUGAGCUUACCGUCAAAUAUGGUCUCUUCAGCUCAAGUAGUUGCAAAUGUUGCAAAUUUGUUGAACAUAAGGGACACUGAACUAAGCAGUUUCCUAGUUGCAAUGGGAGACAUUUCGUUGAGGAAGACUGAAGUGGAGGAGAAGAAGGCUAAGGCAAAGAUAGAGUCCAAUGUUCUUCUUGAUUAUACGAGGAAAGCGAUACAGAAGCUGACAAAUUUAAAGAAACUCCUUGCUAAGCUAGAAGAUGAUGUAGUAGUCCCUUGUGAAUCACUAAACCUAAUGGAGAAUUGGAAAACAAAUAUGGAAGUAAUGGCAAUCAAGGAGAAAGAGUACAUAGAGAAGUAUGAGGAAUCUGAGAUGAAAUGGUCGAAACGUCAACAUGAUGCAAGCGAAAUGUUACUCAACUACAAUCCUAAGAUGAGUCAUAAUGAGCUGGUAGAAAUGGCAGGGCACAGAAAGGAAUUGGAGAAGAUGACAGGACCAGUUCUUGAUGCUCUAAGAAGCUACCAGGACUUGCCUCCAGAUAAAGCUUUGGCUGCAUUAGCAAUCAAAGACAAAAGACAGUUUGAAGCCGCGGAAAAGCUUCUAGAAGAAGUGUUACAAUCAGCUCUUGAGACAAGCAAUGAGUGA